AUGAACGACUGUAGAAAUCCAAUUAUCGGGCUUCUUGGAAACAAAGCUGUGGGAAAUUCUGCAUUCAUUCCACCAGAAAAAAGUGGAAUGCUCAUUACUGGCCCAAACAUGGCAGGAAAAAGUACUUUUUUGUCUACAAUUGGCGUAUGUCAAAUAAUCGCCCAGCUUGGUUGCGCCGCACCUGUGUCUGAAGGUUCGAAGACAAAAGUUUUCAAGCAAAUUCGUUGCAAUAUUGAUCAGGACAGAAUGCAAAUUUCUGGGACCUGCUCUUCAAACUCGUUUUCGGAGGAUUUAAGCAACAUCAUGGCGGCAGCAGAGCAGAAUUCCCUUCUCCUGAUUGAUGAACUUGGAAAAGAUGUAUCUAACAUCGGCGUCGGCGCAUCAACAGCAUAUGCUCUUCUCGAACGACUCGCCAAGUCAGAAUGCAACUUUUUUUUCGUGACGCAUUUUCCUGAACUGAAGAAAAUUCUACCAUCUGAGAAGAUUAUGAAAAGAAGACAAGAUUAUGGAGUUGAAUUGGCAGAAUCGCUUAUUUGGCCGACUGGUUGUGUUGAAAGGCUUCGUGCGAUUCAAGAUAAAAUGCUGACUGAGAAACGAGACGCGAUUUAUGCCGCUGAACGAAAAGCUGAAGACCAGGAAAUUGCAAAAACAGCACUGAUGUUUUGCUCCUUCUAUAAAAAUAAAUACUCUCAAUCAUAA